AGCACCCACCCUUCUUUCCAUUAUGGACGCUUUACCUAUUGACACAUCUCAUCCUGCCGUGCGAGACUAUCUCUCGCUCAUACGGCUUCAAGUCUUGACCCCGCUGUCUCUGUUGAUCAACAUUGCAACAGUUAUCGUUUGUGCGGUCGUGGUUACACCUUCAAUUAGUGAAAUCUCGAAACAAUUUCCCACUUCGAUAUCACCAAAGCCUAUCAUAAUCGCUACUUAUGUUGCCGCUAUUUACGCUGGCCAGCUCGGAUACUGCGUCCUCAUUGUUUUGGCACGGAAAGCAGAGACCAAACGGACUAUCACGAAAGGCGUAGGUUUUUCUUUGGUCAUUGCGAAUUGGGUUAUGGCCCUUUGGGCAAUAGCUUGGGUUUUCCAAUGGUUUCUCGUAUCUACUGUGUUACAAGGGAUUCUACUUCUUACGCUCCUCUACUCCAACAUCGUGCUUCUUAUCUAUCAUCAACCUUCAUCUGCUCGCCCUUUCGACACUAUACUCAUUCACGCCCCACUUCGAUUCUUUCUCGUCCUUCAAUUUGGCCUCAUGUUUCCGCUUUCUCUCUUCAUAAAUCUUGGUUUGACGUACACUCCUACCACCCCCGGUCCACCGAGGGAUUACGCUGACCAUCCCUGGCCCGGAUUUGGUGUGGUUCUUGGGACAAAUCUCCUGGGUCUUGUUGUUGUUAUUCUCAGACGCGAUAUCGUUUGGUGUGUCUCCGCCACCUGGAUAUGCAUCAGCAUUUGGGUCUUGAGACCAAAACCCGGCCCAGUCUAUAUCGUCGCAAUUUUAUUCACUGUACUUCAUCCCCUUGCUUUGGUCGGAGCAUAUAUAUACUCCCGCUUUUACAAGCGUCGUGGCGUAAUCCUCCCUCCAGGGGAUGAAGCAUUAUAUGGUAGGACUGAGAGUGGCAGAGUGGUUGUUGGAUCUCAAUCAGGUCCAGAUAGCGGACCAAGAGAGGUAGACGAAAAUACUUGGGGUUAAAGAAUAUGUAUGAUAAUGAUCCUUGCAUUGACCGCUACAGCUACAGUUUAUCACGUACUUUUAUCACGUACUCUUACAAUCUUCAUCAGAAUCUACAUCGUUGG